CAGAAAGGUUCUCCACUUGGCUCUCCCCGGAGAAUUUCGCUGGAAAUAUGGAACUGCAAGCUGACGGCGAUAAAGAAAGCUACUCGGACACCGUACUCUACCAUGUUCUUUCGAAGGAAAAGGAGUUGAAGAGGAGACUGCCCUGGUACUAUGCACCCUCCUUUCUUCUCCUCUGGGUGGUGCUAUUCUUCGGAGUCGUACUUCCGCUUUUCUACCGCCUACCAGACCGAGUAACCAUUGCCGACGAGCCACUUAAACCCGGCGAGUUUGUGGCCGAGAGAGCGCAGAAAGUGCUCUACGAAUUCGAUCGUAUCGGACCCAAAGUGGUUGGGAGUUUUGCGAACGAGGUGACUACGGUUGCAUUUCUCUUAAAUGAGGUGGAAAAGAUUAGGGGAGAAAUGCGCAGCGAUCUCUUUGAUUUGGAAAUUGACGUUCAGCAGCCAACGGGUUCCUAUGUGGUGGGAACUAUGACCAGCAUAUAUCAGGGCAUCCAGAAUGUGGUCGUAAAACUUAGCACUAAGAGUUCCAAUAGCUCAUCUUAUCUCUUAAUCAAUAGUCACUUUGAUACGAAGCCAGGAAGUCCAGGUGCUGGAGAUGAUGGCACAAUGGUUGUGGUUAUGCUAGAGGUUCUUCGUCAAAUGUCUAUAUCCGAAACCAAGUUUAUACAUCCAUUAGUAUUUUUAUUCAAUGGAGCCGAGGAGAAUCCUUUGCAAGCCUCCCACGGUUUUAUAACCCAGCACAAAUGGGCAGCUAAUUGCAAGGCCGUCAUCAAUUUGGAAGUGGGCGGUAGCGGAGGUCGAGAUAUUCUCUUUCAAAGUGGUCCAAACAAUCCCUGGUUGGUAAAGUAUUACAAAGAGCACUCCAAGCAUCCGUUUGCUUCUACGUUGGCGGAAGAGAUCUUUCAGUUUGGAAUAUUACCCUCCGAUACUGAUUUCCGAAUAUUUCGAGAUUAUGGCAACAUUCCCGGUCUUGACAUCGCACAAUUUAGCAACGGAUAUGUUUACCACACCGAAUUCGACAGUUUUGAUGUUGUUCCCGGACGUUCGGUUCAGAGCACAGGAGAAAAUAUUUUAUCAAUUGUUAGAGCGUUUUCCAAUGCCAGUGAAUUGAACAACACUGAGGAACACAGUGCAGGACAUGCUGUCUUUUUUGAUUUCCUGGGACUUUUCUUUGUGACAUACACAGAGAAGACUGGCAUAAUUUUGAACUGUUGCUUUGCGGUGAUAAGUCUUCUUCUCAUAGGCUGUUCGCUAUGGAAAAUGUCUCGUGUUUCUGAGAUUUCGCCUGGAAGAAUAUCGAUUGUGUUUGUUGUAGCUCUGGGACUACACCUACUUGGUUGUCUUCUGUGCAUUACCCUACCUCUAUUAAUGGCUGUUCUGUACGAUGUGACUGAUCGAACACUGACCUAUUACAGCAAUAACUGGUUGGUGAUUGGUCUUUACAUAUGUCCGGCAAUCAUUGGAUUGGUUCUUCCUUCGACGAUAUAUCACUCAUUCAAGCCGAACGAAAAGUUAAGCCACUCGUAUCAAAUCCAUAUCGGCUUGCAUGUUCAUUGUGUAGUGCUAUCAUUCCUAGCAAUUGUUUUAACUAUAAUUGGUCUUCGAAUUCCCUAUAUGUGUAUGAUAUCUUUGGUUUUGUAUGUCGCCUCUCUGCUAAUUAAUCUUCUAACUACCCUACAUGAUCGUGGUUACUACUGGGUACUAACGGUGCAGAUAAUUCAGCUUUUCCAGUACGUGUACUUCUGCUACCUUUUCUACAUAUUCCUUGUGAUUUUCUUUCCUGCGAUGGGAAGAAACCGCGAUUCUUCUAAUCCCGAUAUGCUUAUUGCCGUGAUUUGCGCUGUGGGAACUUUCUUCGCCCUGGGCUUUGUGGUUCCUUUGAUCAACAUGUUCCGCUGGUCCACCAUUUUAUUGAUUGGCCUAGUCGUGGUGACCUUUGUAUUCAGCAUGAUUUCGGUUUCGGAAGUGGGAUUUCCUUAUCGCCCCAAGACCAGUGUGAUGCGAGUUAACUUUCUGCAAACCCGUCGAAUGUUCUACGAAUACGAUGGUAGCCUCAGUGUCGAUGAUUCGGGCUACUAUUUCGACUACCAGGAUAGACGAGCUCUUCGUCCACUGAAGGACUACGCCGUAAACUUGACUGGUCUAACAUCGAUAGACGCCUAUUGUGAUAAGUACGUGAUGUGUGGAAUUCCUUGCUUUUGGAGUAGCUGGUGUAGGGGGCUUUCCAGUGCUGCUUGGCUGCCUCGCGAGGAGGAAGUGGAUAUACCGGGAACACUAGAAUUGAAUCUCCUUAAUAAAACCAUUUCGGAGACGGGAAAGUACAAAAGAUUUGAAUUUGAAUUAACUGGCCCGCCGCACAUGGGACUGUAUAUAAGACCUCUCGAUGGGGUAGCAGUGGAGGACUGGUCCUUUAUAAGGACAAUGCUGGACAAGCCGGAAAAAUACUCACCACCCUACCAAAUAUACUUUUCUUACGGAGUGGAUAAGACCCCCUUUAAAUUUCACAUGGAUUUCACAAAAUCCGAUGGAAAUUACGAUGAACCACUAUUUGAGCUGGGAGUUACCGGACACUAUGUAAGCAAGGAUUUCCAGAGGGAUAAAACUACUCUGCAGUUCAUAGCGGAUCUACCAGAUUUCGUUACCACCAUGGAAUGGCCUGCUCUAUUUAUGCGAUACAUCUUUUAG